AUGACCUCCUUCAAGUACAUCACCCCUCCCGGCUUUUUCGAAUUUCUCUCCGACGCCAACCACUACUCUCAAGCCGUAGACCUAGGCAAUGGCUUCUACAAAAUCUCAGGCCAGGGCGGCUUGAACGAAAAGGGCGAAGUUCCUUCUGAUGUUAAACAAGAAGUGGAGCAGACGAUCCAAAAUGUCGACGAUAUGCUCAAGGCGGCUGGUCUUCGUGGAUGGGAGGAUGUUUACUAUGUGCGAAGCUACCAUACUGAUAUCGACACUACUCUUCCUCUCGUCGCAGAGAUCCUCAAGAACCGUAUCCCUGAUAAUCGACCUGGUGGUGUUGCGGCGGGCGUUACAAGGCUGGCACUUCCUAAUAUGAGGCUGGAGAUUGAGGUUGAUGCUAAAAGACAGACGGAAUAA